GGGGCCAUUCCGGAAGUCAGAUGAAAUUUGUUUUUCUCAGCCUUGACUUGUUUUUGGAGUAUGGAGAAUGCAAGAGGCAAGAAGAAGAACUCCACAAAGCAGUCAGAGGGACCGCAGGCUUCUGGUGUACCAAAUACACAAAGAACCUCAGGAAAGGGGACCAAACGAAAAAGUUCUGAGAAAGUCACUGAAGCAUCCUGUCCAAAAAGGAAGGUCCAAGGCCAUGACAAAGUAAAACGUCUAAAGAAGAGAAUUCCACCAUUACCUCCCAAACUGCCACCCGUCAACCUGAUUCACAGAGAUACUAUACGGGUCUGGUGCCAACAGUUAAAGUUGAGCACCAAAGGCCAGAAAUUAGAUACAUAUAGGCGACUCUGUGAAUAUGCUUACCCUGAUCAAAAGAACAUUCCUGAUACAGCAGAGGAGGCCAAGAUGUUGUCCAAAUCGCGGAGAAAACUCAAGAUAAACAAAGGAGAAAUACCCCCAGAAACUUUUGAAAACAAGAUGUUUUCUGAAGGGACUGAUCCUCCAGAAGUGGUUUCCCCACCUGAGUCUGGGACACCUGCCCUUGCAACAUCUACUGCUUGCCUUGUGGGGGGUGGUACAGUUGUGGCGGCAACGUCCACCCCAGGUGCUGUGUUUGACUCCUGGGCCACAAUGGCAGCCAAAGCCAGGAAGACGGCGGCAGUGGACUUGCCACGAGAGCCCUGUGGCCUCCAGUGGUGUGUGGUCCAUGGGAGAAGCCUCCCGGCAGACUCACAGGGUUGGGCUCGCCUGCAGUUUCACGCAGGACAAGCCUGGGUUCCUGACAAGCGAGGGAAAGUGUGUGCACUAUUCUUGCUACCUGCCUGCAGUUUUCCACCCACACACCUGGAGGACAAUAUGCUGUGCCCCAAAUGUGUUCAUAGAAAUAAGGUGUUAAUAAAAAGUCUCCAGUGAGCAUUGCAAAACCAGGAAGAACGAUACAGCUUUGAGGGAAAGGAGCUGCCAUCAACACCAUGUGCCACUGACACCUAUACACCAGGCUACUCCAUAUCCACCGUGCUUCCUGCUCAGGGCGCGCAGGCUGCUGGGUUACAGCGUUACCCUCAGAACCCCAACAGUGCCCGCUGCUUCAUGGGUUGGAAUAAAGAGACUCUUAUGUUUUAAAUUGGAAAAGCAGUUCACAAAUCACCGUUCCAGUUAAUAAUAUAGAAAAAGUCUUUCAUGCUACCAACUGUUUACCUCCUUGAAAUAGAAGUGACACUAACAGCUCUUUCAAAGUGGGAGCCCGGGCUGAGCAUUGUGGAGUGUUGAGUGAAGAAAUGAUAGUAGCUCCAUGGAUUUCCUUCAAAAUUCAGACUCCUUGGGGGACUGAUGCUGUCUUAAAGUUUAAUGACUUCAAACUAUUGAUUAUUUGUAAGCCAAAAGGAAAGCUGUAAUUCUCUCCCCAUCCUGAAAUGCACAACUUUAAAUACAUAACACAAUAUUUUUGAAGUUUCCUCAAUAACUUGAGACUGCUAUGGUGUGUCUAAAAUAAAAACACAGGACACUUUGCUGGUAUUAUUCCCACUUAGAACUAUUUGUAUAUUUUAGCGCUUGAAAAUGUUUAAGAUUACAUCUGAAUCAUGAAUACAUAAUAUGUUGAAUCUUGAACAUGUAUAUAAAAUCAUUUAUUGUAUCUGAAGGCCAUAUUCAUUGCAUGUACAUUAUUAAUGUUCUUAACUCAGGAUUAAGUCAAAAAGCAUAAUUUUCUUCUGCAUGAUUUUUUUAAACCAAUUUAUUGAGAUAUGAUUGAGAAUACAAAAAGCUGUCCAUAUUUAAUGUACAUAACUCGAUGAAGUUGACUCAUUUUUAAUUUUUUGUUUACUUCCUAAAUUUGUGGUCCUGUGAGUCUUGGGAAAGAUCUGAUGUUUUUCACUUGACUUGUAUUUUCAUGACAGUUUCCAACAUUUUUUUAUUAUGGAUUUUUGAAUUGUGGGAUUUUUUCUCCCCUUCCAAAGUGGACUAGAAGGAGUGAUAGAGUUGCAAAGUGUAACCAUCUUGAUAGAGAUUGAUUUGGGCUAGAAUCCUCAGUGAAUGUUAAAAACUAGAGAGGAAAGUUUGUUGAUAACAACAUAUAUACAUGUUCUUGUAGUGUUUCCACAGUAAUUAACUCAUUAU